GAAAGCGUUAUGAUAUGUGAUUUCUGCAAUUGACUCUGCUAAUAUCUGAGAAAAGCAGGGGGCUAUUCAAAGUUACAGUAAUCGUUUGAUAAAGGAUCGGUAAUAACGACAGAUCAGUUGCGCUAUCCGACCCAAUUUGUCCGCCCACGCUGAUCUUCGAUCCGUGCUAUUCCUGUUUCAUAGCACUAUGGAUUUUCCUAGAAUCUUAUCACUAUCGAUAUGGUGUCAAAGCGCAUGUUUUUCUUACUACUAAUUCCCGUGAUGAUCAUCAGCACUCAGGAACGGUUUCGGAGCAUUUUAUUAGAAAGAGCAUGCCGGCGACGACCAACUCUCAGGUUUUGCCGAGAUUUCGCACCCUUGCUGGAAGCAACGACAAUACCUGUAGACUCGAUAAGUGAAACCUCAACUUUAUCAGGUCUAAAUGCUAAUUCUGCAGAAACAUUGUUGGAAGACAACAUUGCUCGUCCUAAGAUGUCACUGCAAGACUUCGGAAAUUCUACCCGCGUUGAUGAACAUGAAGGCAGUCUCUUGCGACUUCCAAAACCCGUACGAACACAAGAGGAGCCUGUUACUGUCAUGUCAAAAGCUAAGACAGAACCCUCAAUCACACAUCAAACUCAGGGAGUCAAUGCCACGAUCGGAAGCAAUAAAGAAGAUGAAAAAUCGGUGCUAGUUUUUGUGAGUGAAUACUGUGUAGUGGAACGAGAACGUUUUGUAAGAAUCUGUCACGGAAACGUUAAGGAAGACCAGAUAGCAUUCUGUAAGUCUUAUCCACCAGCAUGUACCUCUACGUCGGACGUCAUUCCAGUACUCACAUACUGUCAGAGUUACUACAGGCAUUAUCCGAAGUUCUGUAGUGGUUCGAAGAUUGAGAAUGAUGUACUGCAAUUUUGCUUUGCAUUUGAGCAGUUUUGCUUACCUGAACUCACACCUGCGAUCGAGGAACCGACUACAACACCUCGGCCAACAGUCCGAAAAUGUGCAGAAGUUUUGCCGGAGGCUCGCAAAGUUUGCAAUCCCUUCCCGAAAUCACACGACACAUUCAACUUCUUGCGGUGUAAAAAUUUUCUUACUAAUUGUAAAGCGUAUGUCGAUUGGGUCUCAUAAAUUUGC